CAUGUACUCUCGUCCCUAGCCCUGCUGUGGCUUGACUCCUACCUACCUUGUGGCAUCGUUCCCAUUUCCACGCCCAUCCAUCCCAUCCCAUCAUCCCAUCUUUCAUCAAGCCCGUCUUCCCCAACUCCACCGUCUCGCUCUCGAUGCUCACAGGCACCCGACAAUUCUGCUGCGAGCUUGCCAGCGAUGUUUCGAAAUCGGACCAAUUCGCAGAAGCCGAAUGAAGAGCUUCUCGAGAACUUCAGGCAGUCUUUCCCCCAUCUGGUCCAAAAUGGCCGCUCUCAAUCCUUCAAUCACCCUCACGGCUCCACCCUCACAGACGCCCUCGAUGUAGCUCAUCCCACCCGCCAAUAUCCCGACCAGGAAGACAUCAAAGAUGCGGACCCCACGCCACGAGGAAACAACGAACCAUGGCGCUUCACUCCAUCUCUCCUCGACCCAAACAGCUUUGCCUUUACUUCCUUUGCCAACCAGCCUCCUGGGUACUAUACGCCCACCCCCGGCGGCACCAACACCCUUUAUCACAGCCAGGCCGGCGACCUGCACACUCCCGGCUUCAGCUUCGGCCUGGGCACACCUCUGUCUUUGCCAACCUCGGAGGGGGGACUCCAUGCUGGUCAGGUCGCCCCAUCCAACCAGAUCCAUGGCUUCAACCCGCACGCUCUUGGAGCUCACCACUUCGCCAACCAAAACCCUUUUGCCAUGCAGGCACAGCAUGCGCCAUCUUUUGCGCCGCAUCAAUUCUCCCAUCAGCCUACAGCCUUUGAGCACGCUCCUUUGGCGCAGACGCACGAGAACUCGCCUUUGGAUAACAUGGUUCCCGACGUUGAGAUGCAGGAGCAGUCUCCCUUGAUAGGCUUCGCUCCCCAGAAUUUCGAACAGCAGGCUGUGCCCCAGCAGCCCAUGGCGCCCCCGCCCGGUGAAAAUUUCCGAUAUCACAUCACCUUGAACGCACCUACCGCCAUGAUCAAGCACGCAGAUGAGAUUCCUGUCACGUACCUCAACAAGGGCCAAGCUUACACCAUCUCCUUGGUGGACACGGCUCCUGUCCAGGUUUCACCUGCACCCGUCAAAUACCGGACUUACGUACGCAUCUCAUUCGAAGAUGAGCAGCAGCGACAGCGUCCUGGAUCGUGCUGGCAGCUUUGGAAGGAAGGUCGUGGCACUAAUGAAGCGCAUCAGCGGGGUGGUCGUCUGCAGGCAGUCGAGUUCGUGGAUCCCAGCCAAGUCGGAGGCGGUGAAAUACAAGGGCGACCAAAGAUCGAGCUCGACACAGCUUCCUUUGAUGGAUUUGCCGUUACCUGGACCCCCGUUCACAACACUGCGCCCGAAUGUUCCAUCGCCGUGCGCUUCAAUUUCCUCUCGACCGAUUUCAGCCACUCCAAGGGAGUAAAGGGAAUACCUGUCCGACUGUGCGCAAAGACCGAGAUGCUCCCCAGUACCCCAGGCUCUCCCCAGGACCCUGCCAGUGCCGAGCUAUGCUACUGCAAAGUGAAGCUAUUCCGCGAUCAUGGUGCCGAGCGAAAGCUUUCCAACGAUGUCGCUCAUGUGAAGAAGACGAUUGAUAAGCUGAAGCAGCAGAUUGCACAGGUUGAAUCGGGCAUGAAGGAGUUUGGCAAGAGAAAGCGCAGUGGAUCCAUCUCAAAGACUGCACCGAGUUCGCGACCCGGCAAAGUGCCCAAGCACAAAAGGACAUGGUCCAUGUCUUCCUCCAGUGAAACCACGGGCGCCCGCGCACCUGCUGAGGAAGACCUACAUCUCAAGUUGGCCAGUCUACAGGAUAUGUUCAGCUCCACCAGACCUGCUAGUGUGCUAUAUCUCAAGGGCGAAGAUCAGGACGAUCCAGACCUCCACCCCGUGCACCUUUCUGGAACUCCACAGGAACUGGCCAAAAUCGAUACCAGCGUGGACGCGACCAUGUGGGAAGGACACAGUUCACGUGCGGCUUCUUCCGUCGUCUCCCCUACUCCAAGCUCGCAAUCUCUACACUCGGAACGACGCAGAGGGUCCAACUUUCACCAACCACUGCCAUUUCAACCGCCUUCGCGCAUGCCUUCUGGCGAAUGGCGGAACCACCCCCAGACUGCGACUGGCGAGGUCAAACCCCCAACUGGCAUACCUGCCGGAUCGGAUAUACCGACAAAAGUGCAGAGGCCGUACAGCGACGAUCAUGCCCUUUCUGGGUGGAUAGAAGCUUUAGGCGUCGAUCAGACGUAUCAACCGCCACCCGAACCCUUGUUAAAGCCUGUGGCAUGUUUUUUUGUGCAACCCAGGAUUUCAGGGAAACAACCCGACGACAAUUAUUUCAGGGCGGUAUACCUAAUGGAGCGCACCGUCAAGGCCCUUGUCGGCGGUAUUUCUAUGAAGAUCAAUAUUGAACCCACAAAAGUCACCCGGACCAUACGCGUCAACCAAAAAGGCUUGAAAAUUCUCAUGGACGACGAUGCCAUCCAGAGGAUUCCUGAACAGCAGGACAUGACGGCCGAAUUCCAUGAGAUUACACCCCAACAGCCUGUCAAACGCGAAUGGGACGCUCCCCCCACGGAUAUCCAAACCGACGGAGAUAUCAGCGUAAUCGAGAAUGUCAACUCUACUGGAUACGAGCUUCGACUACUAUUCUGA